AUGAAAGCUUGUCAAUCAGGAAUGGGCUCGUGUCGCUGCUGUCUGAUGGCACAAGAAGUGAAAAGGCUGCAGACGUACUUUAGCACGACUUUGGAUGAAAUAGAGGAGGAAAACAACAAAACAAUAGCAGUUAUUGACAAAGUUAAAGACAGCCGCACUGCCUUCUCUGUGGCUCUACGGGAUACUUUCGGGUGUUACGGGGCGUUCGACAAGGAACGCGUCAUCGUCUACAAACACGUCUUCAUCAAUCUUGGCGGUAGCUACAGCGACGAGACCGGCAUCUUCACCGUUCCACACUCUGGUGUCUACAGCCUCGCCCUCACCGUCUACAGUGACGCCGGCUCUCCUGGUAGCCUCUUGUCUGCCUGCGCCAAUCUGGAGGUUAACGGCCAGGUGGUGGCAGGACCCAGAGAAAACAAUGAGCAAGACCAGGAGGACAGUGCCACCAUUAAUCUGGCCCUCCACCUGAAGGCUGGGGACAAGGUGACUGUCAACCUGCCCCCUGGAUGUUUCCUCUGCGACGACAGCAGCCACUAUAACACUUUCAGUGGUUUUCUGCUUUACCUUGAAGAAGUUUACAAUGCAUAGUGCACUGUGUCUUUGUACCAACUCUUUCCCUUUUAAUGAGGUUAGACGCUGCAAAAUGAAUCUUUCUGUGGAGGUUUAUAGCCCUCAUCUCAAUCUGAUCUUGUUAAGAGUAUCUUUGUUCUGCAACGGCUUAGCUUUUUCUCGCUGAAAUGAUGUCUUGAAUUUCACAUAUCUUUAAAAAUGCAUGUGUAAAAUGACCAGAAAAUCAUUUAUGAUUUUAGACAAAGCAGCUGGCUUUAUAAAUCAUUAUCUAUCAAUAAAUUGCUACAUUGAGGAAAUUGUUGACAGAAUUAAAGUAUUGAAAUAUUACUCUUACUUUGCUGUCCAUUCUUGAGAUUGUUUUGCCUUUUAUUUUAAAUAUGACUUUUAGUUGGUGACACAUAUAUAACAUUCAAAU